AUGUCAGCAGUUGCUGACAUGUGCUGGGCGUUUGUAUAUGGUGUUUGUGGUGUUGCUCAUGGCUCAGGCUUCAAAUCUGGUAAGCCUAAGCCUCCCCAGGCCGAGCCUAAGCCAGGCCAGAACAUCACUAACUGGAUCAAGUGGCUUAAGGCUACUGGAAUACCACUGUCAAAAUGUACCAUUGCUCCUAAGGUUGAAUCACUGUGUGGACGUAUUCAGCUUGGUGGUGGUCGCAAAACCAAUGGCGAGCUCUUUUUCUUUGCACAGGGAGACAAGAGCAAGUACAAACACAAAAGCGAUGAUCUUGAACUCGUCACAAUUCUUGAAACUGUCUGCACUAAUGGAACAGCUACUGUGAAGCCCUGUUUCAUAUUCUCAGGCACAUACCACAGCUCAGAGUGGUAUGAUGCACCUGACGGAGUCCUGUGA